AUGUGUCACAGUAAAAUGGAGGAAAUUGUUCCAAAGGGCGUCAUGGUGAGUUGGAUGUGUUUUAGCAGAAUCAGUUCAAGAGGUUUAUUGAAUGGAGUAGGAAGUUUAAUGGGGUUGUAUUUACUGCGUUUCUUCUACACAGCUGUGCAGGGUUUGAGGAUAGUUGCUGGGAUGAUGCCCAGGGUGAUGUUGUGCAUUGGAGAUGUUUGCUGCCUGUGCAUUUUGAAGGCUACAAAGUGUCUGCCAGAAUCUGUCUGGUUCAAAGGUACUGAACAACAUGCUCAGUAG